GACAGGUUGUCUGUAAUUGCGCUUAUGGAUAAUCAAUAGCUAAUCUGUAACUCCUUCAAAAGUUUUUCCAACCUUUCCCUCCUAACUUACAAAGGUCUGAACAUGAACCUUAACUGCUCUGAAGAACGACUGAGUAGUGGGGCAUCCAUAUUUCUUUCACUGUGGUUCUCCUUGUCUGGUUUGGCAGCAGUGGUGGGAAACGCAACAGUGUUGGGGAUUCUCUACAAGAAGGAGUCUUUACGUACAAUUUCCAAUCGAUUCUUGGCCUCAUUGUCCGUAGCAGACUUUUUCGUUGGGCUUGUUUUGAACCCAAUAUUUUUGGCCAAGUAUCUGUCGCAGCCUCAAAGUGGACAUGGAAGUAUGACUAAGAUCAUACAGAAGAUCUUAUGGAUUCACUCUGCUGGCGCCACAUCGUUAAGUUUGUGUUGUGCUUCCGUUGACAGGUUAAUUGCGAUUCGCUUUCCUUACCGCUAUCAAGAAUUUGUAACCAAGACAAGAUGUCAUGUGGUGAUAACUGCGGUGUGGGUGAUCUCACUGUUUCUUCCUUUCUUGAUAUUUAUAAAAGAUGGAGCGGGGUGGUUGUUCUUCGCAGCCAUAACGUAUCUUUUUCCAAUAUUUGUGGUUAUUUUGUGUUAUGCUUUUAUUUUUAAGGCGGCCAGAACACAAGGUAAGAGAAUAAGGGAAGAACGUCAUCACUCCAAUGACGACACACUCCGUGGCGUUGUUAAAAAUUUGAAAGCCAUUAAAACAAUUGGACUCGUUUUUAGUGUUUGUAUCAUAACAUGGAUUCCCUGUUUCAUUCUGACUUUUAUUGCUUAUCAUUAUUAUACAACGAAGAAGGAUUGCCUCUUUGAGAAACUGUAUUCAUUAGCAUGGCCAUGGGUUAGGGCAACUGCGCUAACUUCAUCAGCUAUCAACCCAUUAAUAUACUACUUCAGAAAUGGCGAAUUUCGACAAGCUUUUUGCAGUACCUUUUCUUCAUUUCCCUGUCUUUCUGAACCAAAAAAUGUCUCAGAUCUCGGCCUUAAAACAGAAAGAAAAGAGAUGGCGACGAAUGAUGGAACUCGAGGUGACUUUGGCCAAAUAGAGACCGAACUAUAAUAGAAACUCAUGGAACAAACGGCACGUCAACAAACCAGGUUGCCCCUCGGAAACAGAUGCUGAGCGAA